GACGCGGAACUAGAUUGAAUUGUUUCAGCGUUGUUGUGUUUACAUCAACAGCUCCUCGUUUACAUACCGCGUGCAGCAGGUACAGCUCUCUGUCAGCACAGUCGAGCAACAAGAACACGUGAGAACUCUGCAGUGUUUGGAUGAAGUGACCAUGAAGCAGGACAGUGAUGCUGUGAACGUCCCUGCGUGCUUCAUAUCAAACCAUGAAGGUUUUCUUGGAAGCAUAAAAAACUUUAUCAAAGACUUUGUGGUGACUGAGAUAGACAUCACUGGACAGCGUGUUAACACAGCAGCAGCAGCAGCAGCAGCCGCCACACAGACACCAGACUGGGCCUCCUCAGAUAAAAACAAUGAAAGCAGUGCAGAAUGUAAGUGGAAUAAUUAUUCCUUAGUCUCACAGGACACUGAUGUUUCAGCUGAUUGUGGGUUAGAUGUCACUAUACCCAGUCCAGGCAGUUUUGAUUUAAGUGUGAUUUUAGGUCAGCCAGUCAGCGAAGAGCUUGAGCAGUUUGUGUUGACUCUCAAAGAAAAGCCCACCAAGCAGGAGCUCUCUCUUGGAUCCUUUGCUGACAAACACCACAGAGCUAACGUCCACCGGGCCGUCAGACACCGCUUUCCCUUCCUCAUGACUGUCACUAUUCAGCCUGAGAUCAGGGUGAGGGAAGACCCAGACUACAGAGAGCUCUCCCAGCUGGUUACAGAGGACGAAGCAGAGGACUUCUUCAGGUUCAUAGAUGCCAAAGUGCGAGGCUCAUCCUAUAUGUUUGGACCUGAUAACGAUAAGGAGCACAGGACGGCGGUCCACCACUUCCUGAGCCGAAGGUUUGGCAAACUGGUGGAGACUAAAAGCUUCACAGACCAGGGGACAACAGCCAUCUCGGUUAGGCUGAGAGAGCAAGGGAGGCCGAAGAAAAGAACCGCAGAGGAACGUAAAGAAGAAGAAGUUUACACUGCUUUCACUCUGAGAAAGGAGAACCUGGAGACUCUGGAGGCCAUCAGCUACAUGGCAGCCGCUCUCGGGGUCCUACCGUCAGAUUUCACUUACGCUGGGAUCAAGGAUAAGAGAGCCAUCACCUACCAGUCUAUGGUGGUCAAGAAGGUCUCAACUCAACGGUUGAAAGAGAAGACAGCUGAGUUUGAGAAGAGAGGGAUGCGUCUGUCUCAGAUCCGCUCUGUCAGCGAGCCUCUCAGGCUUGGACGACUGCAGGGGAACCACUUUGACCUGGUGGUCCGCGACCUGAGACCACACAGUGACGCACACUCCUCUGGAGCAGACAAACACACUCGCCUGGCAGUGCUGGUAAAGGAAGCAGUGGAGAAUGUCAAGGCCAGAGGUUUUGUCAACUACUAUGGACCACAGAGGUUUGGGAAUGCACAGAGCGUUCAGUCCGACUGUGUAGGACUAGCUUUACUCAAAGAAGACAUGGUGAACGCUGUGCGUCUCUUCUUCACUCCAGAGGACAGCAAUGAUCCUCAGAGCCAUGCUAAGAGACACUUCCUCCAAACAGAUAACGCUAAGGAGUCUUUGGCGCUGAUGCCAUUGUCGAAAGCCAGGGAGCGGCUGAUGCUUCGGGCCCUGAACCGCUACGGUACAGGUCCGGAUGGUUGUACCCAAGCUUGGCUCAGCCUGCCCCACAGUAUGAGAGUCUUCUACCCACACGCCUACUGCAGCAGAGUGUGGAACGAGGCAGUGGCACACAGGCUGACUACUCUGGGCCACAGUGCCAGGCAAGGAGACCUGGUGUGGGUGAAGGAAGGCACAGGAGAGAACAGCUCGGCUCAGAUCCAUGUGGUGACGGACCAAGAGGAGCAAGAGGAAGUGUACACACUGGGACAUGUGUUACUACCGAUGCCAGGAAACACUGUCAAGUAUCCAGAAAACGCCAUGGGGACUUGGUUCCAGGAGAGACUGGCCAGGGACGGACUGGACGCCUGUCGCUUCAGAGUCAGCAACCUCAAACUAAAUCUGCCUGGCUGCUACCGCCCCCUGCUGGCUUUACCACGCAACCUCAGCUACCAGCUGCAGAGAGCAGCCUGUGGGGAGGGAGGAGGAGAGGGGACAGGAAACUGCAGUAGAAAUAGUGACAGGCAGCUUAAUGGCACAACAGUAGAAGGGAAGCAGGACUUGCUCACUCUCACCUUAAACUUGGACCUGGACUCCUCCUGCUACGCUACUAUCUGUCUCAGAGAGAUCAUGAAGUGUGACCCUUAAGGGCAAGGGACGUUGGUCCUGUUGUGUUUCUACAUACUUUGCAGAAGAGAAGGAGUUUUCUUGUUUUUAGUUUUUGUAACCCAUCAUUGUGAUACAGUAUUAGUAGCUUUUUGGUUUGUUGUUGAAGUAAUGAGCAUAAGACUGUGUUUAUAAAUGGAAAAAAUAUGCAUAAUGUGCAAUUGAUAAAACAAACGAACAAAUCUAAAUGUAAAAGCGUGUAAACGGUGUCUGUGUUUUGUGCCAUGAAUAAAACCUUUAGAAAUAAA